AUGAGGGAAAUUUUGCCUUUCGAAUUUUUAGCACCCCUCACACUCUCCGUGGAGCAAUUCCCUCCUGGGUACACUUUCUUUCAGGCUGAGUCCUCCCGUUUGACCCUGCAGAACCUUCGAGCUAUGCACAUGCUUCAGACUGCCCCAGGUGGGUAUGUUUGGAUGUGGGGUCGCUCCACUUACUUCAAGGUCACUGGCCCUGAUGUCAUCGCCCUAGCAGACCCCAUUAGCGACACUAUGUGGGUUCUCCUGUCGAACAUCCCACCACCUCCUCGCCCACGUAGGGCACAACAGUUUAGACAACCACAGUUUGAUCGACCACCUUCGUCUACUCAGCACCCAGACUACGCAGACGCCACACCUAUUUCCUUUAGCCAGCCUGAUCCCAUGCAGACUGACUUUCAGGAUCAGCCACCACCCACUCCGCCAUCUCACCCUGACCCCAACUACCCCUUCACUUACCAGCAUUAUCUUGACCUCCGUCAGGAUAUUGCUUCUCUUCAGCAGACUAUGACUGGUCUCUGCCUCGAUUAUCAACUAUAUAGCACUCAGGUUACCGGUUAUCAUGACGAGCUCUUAGGUUUGCGUGACAAUUUCGACACUUUCCGCGACGAUUUCUGCUGUCGCUAUGCACCCCCUAUGAGUAGUCGUCUUUCACUCCUCCCUAAGCAUUGA